AUUUUUUUAAAUGAUAUCUAAAUCAGCUUUUAGAAUUACUGCUAGGAUUUCUCAGGCUAAGACUCUGAGUUCUUCUUGGACGAUCCUCAGAAGGAUGGGAUUCAUGAACCAGUCAAGGAUGGCUGUAUAUCCAAGAAUCUUUUCAAUCAAUGCUACCUUGCAAAGAAAUUUUGCUAAGAAGACUAAGCAAGCUAUGAAGGAAGAAGAUGAAGCAAAGAAAGAGAGAAUCAGACAAAGAUUUCAAGAUAUGGACUUCCAAAGUCUUCAUCAAGAAUGGGAUGAUGAAUUCGACCUCUGAAUUGAAGAUUUUGAAGAUUGCCUCAAGACUCUCAAGAGUUACAGAGCAAGUCCGAAUAUGUUUGAUGAUGUUUCUGUGCCAGCAUAUGGAGAUGCAUACAAUCUCUCUGAAUUAGCCCAGACCAUUGUGAGAGGAGAGAACAAUCUCCUUAUCUCUGUUUAUGAUGAAUCUCUCAAAGAAUCAGUAAUGAAGGCGAUUAUAAUGUCUGAUAGCGAACUAGAAUGCACAAUUGAAGGAAAAUACGUCUCCGUCAAAAUGGGAAUGACAAGGUCUGAAAACAGAGACAAGAUCGCAGAGCAUGCUAGGAAAAUGCAUCUUCAUUUCAAAUCAGAGUUAUCCAAGGAAAGAUCUAACUUCCUUGGUACCCUCAAAGAGCUGGAAGCUGUUCUCCCAAUGGAUGAGAUUGACAUCCAAAGGAAAGAGCUUGAUGAGCUAUUUCAUAAGAAGGAAAAUGUAGGAAAGGACAUUUAUGACCGUAAAAUCGUAGAUAUUAUGAGGAAAUAAGGAUUCUGAAUUAAAAAAUUCAUCAAUA